CAUCCGCCAAUUCUCUCUCUCUCCUCGCCAACCCCGUCCUCCACCAUGAAGGCUCUCAGCUACAGGGUCCUUCUGCCGGCCCUGGCCUUGCCGCAUCUUUCGCAGGCAGGCUAUGGCUCUGGUCGUCUUGUGCCCCAGAUCGAAACCUUUGUUGAGAACAUUCAGCAAGAGUUUGCAGCUUGGUUCGAUUUCAAGUCGGAUCAUAGCCAGAGUUCCAAGUUACUUGCCAAGAAGCCAACGCCGCCACCACCAACACAAUACUGGCUCGACAAGAUCAAGCAUCAGGGCGUCGCGCCUUUUGCUGACUCUGACUACAAGGUCUUUCGCAAUGUGAUGGACUAUGGUGCCAAAGGUGACGGCGUUACUGACGAUACUGCGGCCAUCAACCUUGCCAUGACCUCGGGUGGUCGCUGUGGACCUGACAACUGCUCGUCCAGCACCGUGACUCCUGCGAUUGUGUAUUUCCCACCGGGAACCUACGUUGUGUCGUCUCCAAUCAUCGACUAUUACUUUACCAUGAUGAUUGGUGAUGCUGUCAACUUGCCAACGCUCAAGGCCAGCCCCAAUUUCGGCGGUGUUGGCCUGGGCGUUAUUGAUGGUGACAAGAACCACAUCUGGGGCCCCACAAACAUCUUCUACCGACAGGUCGCCAACUUCAUCAUCGAUCUUACCGAUGUUCCGCCUGUCAAUGCCCAAGGGUCCGGCCCAACUGGAAUCCACUGGCCAACUGCUCAGGCUACGAGCAUUCAAAAUGUCCGCAUUCUGAUGAGCGAUGCCCCAAACACCGCCCACCAGGGUAUCUUUAUGGAAGAUGGCUCCGGUGGCUUCUUGACCGACAUCACCUUUGUCGGCGGCAAAUUUGGCGCGCAGUUCGGCAGCCAGCAAUUCACCAUGCGCAACCUCACUUUCCACAACGCUCAGACAGCCAUUCGCCAGGGCUUCGAUUGGGGCUGGACAUAUGCCGGCAUUACCAUCAACAACUGCUCUGUCGGCCUUGACAUGAGCGCUGUAGAUGGCAACGGACAUUUGAGCGUGGGAGGCAUUACCAUGAUUGAUUCCAGCGUUACUGACACCGACAUCUUUAUCAAGACGGCCAAGACGAGCACAUCACAGCCAGUGGGAGCCGGCAACCUCAACCUGGAAAACAUUCAGCUCUCAAACGUCCCCAUCGCAAUUCAAGGUCCUACUGGUGCUACCGUUUUGGAGGGAACUACCGGCCACACCACCAUCAAAGGAUAUGUUACCGGCCACACCUACAAUCCUCAUGGCCCUACAUAUGUUGACGGACCAGCUAGUCCCUUCCCCCGCCCGUCCAGUCUCACCGUUAGAAACGGCGCUUUCUACACACGAUCGAAGCCUCUGUACGCUGACCUCGACGUAUCCAGUUUCCUCAGCGCCCGUGACUUGGGUGCCAAGGGAGAUGCCGUUACCGACGACACAAAGGCACUCAAUGCGGCAAUUGCCACUGCUGUGCGUCAGGGUAAAGUUCUCUUUGUGGAUGGUGGAAUCUACAAGGUGACGAGCACAAUCAGAAUCCCGCCUGGAGCUCGCAUCGUUGGUGAAGCGUACUCUAACAUCAUGGGAUCUGGACCUUUCUUCUCAAAAGCUUCUUCACCCCAGCCCGUUGUGCAAGUUGGCUUACCCGGACAGUUUGGCCAGAUUGAGUGGUCAAACAUGGUGGUCAGCACGCAAGGCUCUACAAGCGGUGCCAUUGUAAUUGAGUACAACCUUGCCAGCACAGCAUCCAACCCGUCAGGCAUGUGGGAUGUUCACGUCCGAGUUGGCGGUUUCGAGGGCAGCAAUCUGCAGCUUGCAAACUGCCCCCAGAACAUUGGAAGCGACGCCAUCAACCCCAACUGCAUUGCAGCGCACACCAUGAUGCACGUUACACCUGCUGCCCAGGGACUGUACAUGGAGAACUGCUGGCUCUGGGCUUCUGACCACGACAUUGAGGACCCCAGCCUUAGGAUGAUUGACGUGUACAGCGUGCGCGGAUUGUUGGUUGAAAGCAUCGCUGGAAACAUUUGGCUAUGGGGCACUGCCGUGGAGCACAACGCUCUGUACCAGUACGAAUUUUCCAAGACUCAAAACAUCUUCAUGGGCUUCAUCCAAACCGAAACUGCUUACUACCAACCGCACCCCAACGCCACCCAGUUCCAGUCUUCGCCCAAUCUCAUCUCCAGCAUCUUCGGCUCCACCGACCCAGAUUUCAACUAUUUCUGCCAAGGUCGCUCCGGUGUCUGCAAGGACGGCUGGGCGCUGCGUGUCCUCAGCUCAAGAGACAUCCUCGUCUACGGCGCGGGUCUGUACUCGUUCUUCAACGAUCACAGCACAACCUGCUCCAACACCGACCAGGAAAACUGCCAGACUCAAAUCGUUGGAAUUGAUAGCGGCUCGCCAAAGUCGCUGCUUAGUAGCAUUUUCAGCAAGAAGAGCCAGGUCAGGAUUUACAGCUUGAACACUGUUGGUUCCGUGUCCAUGGCUACCGUGCAGAACGUGGAUACUGUGUUCCAGAAGGACAACACUGGACCAUUCCCGCAGGGCGUGUCUUUGUUUGAGUCUUUGGGCUAGGAUGCGAGUUUGAUUUAGCUAUGGUUUUACGCGUCACUCUAUGAUUGUGAUAUGCCAGUUUUGGCCAAUAGUCUGUAGUUGUAAUAAAUAUACAGUAAUUCAUCAG